AUGGCUGUCCCACGGCUCUCCACUGGUUGUAUUGAGGAGAUGGUGACUGUGUCUCUUGCCUCAGAUACCAGCCCUGUCAUCCUGCAGCUUCUUGAGUGUAGCAAGGAGCUCAAUGCAGAGGGCAACAUGUUCAACCUGCCUUACUUUAUCUUGACACUCUUGGAUGGUGCAUCCUUUGUUACAAAGGUGGUGCUGCACUCAUCUGUUGUGCCCAGGUUGCACAAUGAGGAGAUCGAGGUGUACAACAUCAUCACUUUGACAUUGUAUGAGAGUUGGGCGAACAUUGUCUCUGACUGGCAAGCAGGCCACUGUUCUUUGGGCUAUGUGACUGCCCCUUACAAAUUUCACUAUGUCUGGCCCCUGCUUCCACAGGCUGUGCCCCCUCCCCUUACAACCCAAAUCACCAUGAUCAGUGUGGGGGUUGUGCCCCCUGACUUUGUUGCACCAAUGCUUCCAGUCCUUCCCCCACCCCCAGUGCCCAUUCCUACCCAGGUCAACUGUCUCCUCCCAAUCAAUUGCAAAUGUACCAAGCUGGUGAGAAUCACAAGGAUCCGACACAAGGAUAAGGGAACAAUCAAUGUUCUCUGCCACAAUUUGAUGGGCGAGAUUGACCUUGUUGUGUGCCAUCCUGUCUGUGCCAAGUUUGCCAAUGUUGAGGUGGGUAAGUGGUUCAAGAAUACUGCCGUUCAUUCCAUGCAUCCCAGCUUGACUUCCACCACCAGCAGAGUGACAUCACUGAGGUCCCUGAUGAUGGGACAAUCCCAGAAUUUCAUUUUAACAUCUGCUGAAUUGUCCAAAUCCCCAAAUUGCCAGAUAAGAAAUGUGCCCUGCAUUAUUGCCAACACCAGCAAUGUCAUGCACAGGAAGGCACUGAGGCAGGCAAGCUAUUCUGAAGGAAACCAGGGAUACACUGCUGGUGCACAGACAACCCGCGUGGACAUGUGGCUCUUGGACAACACUGGUUGCUGCAUUCAUUUGGUGGCUUUCGACAAAUAUUGGUUGCAGUUUGAUGGAAAAGAUGGAAAGCUUGCCCUGCUGAAGAACAUAUGCAUCAACAAGCAUCACAGUCUGUCCCUGAAAACUGUCUCAGACUACACAAAGAUUUUUUGGAACCCUGCAAGCAUUCCGGGAUAUGCUGCGAUGGUCACCUGGCUGUGCAUCCUCAGAACGUUUGGGUGGGACUUUGCAAAGGAUGAUCCUGUGCAAUGGCACCUCUUGAGUGCUGCCUGCAGUGCAGAUGGCGCAGCCUCCCUUGCAAGUCGCCAUCAGAUCACUCUCCCCUUGCUGCUUACCAUCACUGAGGUCUGCACUUGGCACCUGGAUGAGGGUGAGAUCCCCCAGAUGUUCCGGAUCCAGGGCAGAAUCAACAUCAACAAGGAGAAGAGCAUCACAUAUGCAGGCUGCGCCACACUGCACUGCAACACAAAGGCUACCACCCCUGCUGAAGGAUUGCAUGGCAUUUUUGACUGUGAGACAUGUGAUCAGAACUAUAUGGCCCCUGUUGCAAAGUAUUGCUUGUACUUUACCAUUGUGGAUGACAAAGGGCAGACCCAACAUCCAACUGCAUUUGACACUGCUGUGACUGGCAUGCUGAACAUUGAUGCUAGCAUGAUGAGCAUGCUAUAUACGGAUGUGAGGGGCUACCAGCCUAUCCAUGCUUGUAACCUCACUCAGGCUGCUGAGGCUCACUAUGUGUUCACUGUCCAGGCAUCCACGAGAGCCAGUGGGUUCUGGAAAGGACAUAAGCAGUGGAUUGUCACAGAGACACAGAAGAUUGGGCACACAUAUGACAUUAAUGAUGAGGAGUAG